AUGUCAGGCUACCUCCCGCCCGGCUACCGAGGCCCCGUCAACUCCAAUCCCAACCCACCCGACGGCGAGGCGCGCAUCUCAAUCUACGGCUACCGACCGUCCAACAUCUUCGCCUACGUGGCAACCGUCAUAUUUGGCCUCUCCUUCAUCGUUCACUUUUCAUAUUUGAUGAUAUCACGUGGGACAAGAACGUUUCAGAUCCUCAUUGUGUGCGGCUGUGCUAUGGAAGUCGGCGGGUCAGUCUUUUCAUUUCUCUUGCAACUUCGAGCUUGAAGCAAGACUUGCCAUUCUGCAACCGGGCCCUGGCUUGAUGAUUGAAAACUCUUAAUGAACAUCUGAUAUGUUAAACUUCUCACAGAUACGUUGUGCGCAUCUUAUCGCACAAGAACCCAUUCAUCGUAUCGUACUUCGUGGCGCAAUAUUUUCUCAUCGUUGUCGCGCCGUGCUUUUUCAGCGGUACCUUUGUAAGUUCUGACUCAAUCCCCUUGGUAAUCUCCUUUUCAAGGUCAAGUUCUCACGCAUGAUUUUAUAACCGUUAGUACCUGGCACUAUCGAACGCUCUUGGCCGUCUACCUCCGAACGAGUCUCGGACAUUGUUGCCCUUUGGAGGCAAAAAAUUGGUCAUCAGUGAGAUUUUUAGAUGCAUCGAGGUCGCAUCAUUACAGAGCUAAACCUUUGUCUUCGUUAGUCUUCGUCAUCGCCGACACCAUCACGACCAUCAUCCAGAUCGCCGGCGCAGCCCUCAUCGGAGUUGCCGAAUCUUCGCGCACGAGAGGCGAUCCAAGCAGCAUCACCCCUCAACAAGCGAACGACAUCCUUCUCAGUGGUCUGGCGUUACAAUGCGCGUCCUUUUUGUGCUUCUAUUACCUUCUCAUCACGGUCGCUGUUAGGGCUAGCAAGAUGUCGCCGAGAUCACUGAGGAAGACGUUCCUCGCUAUCCUGAGCAUCACCUCGUUCCUCGUUCUUACACGAACUGUAAAACCCACGACUUGCUGGACACUUCGAUUCGGCCCGAUAUUCUCUGAAACUUACAAUUUUCUUUCUCACACCUCACAGGUCUAUCGUCUCGCCGAAACAGCAGAAGGCAUCUUCGGAUACGCCAGCUCGAACGAAUGGCUUUUCGGACUCCUCGAAUUCGCCCCUGUCGCGCUCGCCGUCCUCUUCUGGGCAGCUGUGCCCUUGCACAAGGUCCUCCCCGAACAAUCACCCCAGUAUCAUGAAGGGUGGGAAGCCAAGACUGAGGCUUGA